CCUGCUACAACGUCACCGUUUUGUCCAACUCAUGCUCAUGGAGUUCCAUAUUAUUCCGUUUUGACAUGGCCUUGUAGCUAUGCUUUUUCUCAUCAACUUUCUCUUCUCUUGGGUUUUGGAUUAGGAUUCUUUGCUUUAUCUAAAAACCGAAGGCUUCUGUUUUAAUUUUCUUACUUGAUAAUAUAACUCCAAAAGUGUCCCUUUCCUCUCCCUUUUGGGCUUUUUUCUUUUUUCUCUUUCUGUUUGUUGUUGUUGUUGCUGCUGCUUGCUUCUUCUACUUUCCUUCUUCCCUGAAAUAUGAAGAGUCUCAAUUGUGUUUCUGUACAAUCAGAUCCCAAAAGCAGAUCAUGCCUUUGGACUCUCUUCUUUGCAGCUUCUUUGAUUUGUACUGCUUACUUCGUUGGUUAUUCAUCCUUUGGAAGUGAAGAUAAAGAAAGAUUGACAAGAUGGCAAGUCAUUGAGACAAUGCAGAGUACAACGUCCAACAAAUGCAAGGUUAGCACCUUUUACAGGUCUUCUGGAAGCGAGGCAUUGCCUGAAGGAAUUGUUAGGAAAACGUCAGACUUUGAAAUGCGGCCUUUAUGGAACAAUUACAUGGAAGAUAACAAGGCAAAGCCUUCAACGAGCUUAUUAGCACUUGCUGUUGGGAUUAAGCAAAAAGAACUAGUGGACCAAAUUAUUAAGAAGUUUCCUUUGAAAGAGUUCGUUGUGAUGCUCUUUCAUUAUGAUGGUGUUGUGGAUAAAUGGAGGGAUUUGCCAUGGAGUGAUCAUGUCAUCCAUGUGUCUGCAGUGAAUCAAACAAAAUGGUGGUUUGCAAAACGAUUUCUGCAUCCAGACAUUGUUGCUGAGUAUGACUAUAUAUUUCUUUGGGAUGAAGACCUUGGAGUUGAAAAUUUUAAUCCAGGAAGAUAUCUGUCAAUUGUUAAGGAUGAGGGACUUGAAAUAUCACAGCCUGCCCUCGAUCCUACCAAGUCAGCAGUGUACCAUCCAAUUACUGCACGUCAACCAAAAUUAAAGGUGCACAGGAGGAUGUAUAAAUUUAAAGGCAGCGGAAGGUGUUAUCACAACAGCACUUCUCCUCCUUGCAUAGGGUGGGUGGAAAUGAUGGCACCUGUCUUCUCAAGAGCAGCUUGGCGAUGCGUAUGGCAUAUGAUCCAGAAUGACUUGAUCCACGCCUGGGGCCUGGAUAUCCAGCUUGGUUAUUGUGCACAGGGUGAUCGAACGAAAAAUGUUGGUGUGGUGGAUUCUGAGUACAUUGUUCAUCUGGGUCUUUUAACUCUUGGUGUCUUCAAUGGAUCUAAGUCAAAUUCUCGUUCCGAUUCGCAAGCUCAUCUUCCUCAUGAGAAGCAAUUUGCUGAGCCAUCAGAGUCCCAUAUAGUCGACAAGAGAUUAGAGGUAAGAAGACAGUCCUCCAUUGAAAUGCAGAUUUUUCGGGACAGAUGGAGAAAUGCUGUGAAGGAAGACAAAUGUUGGGUAGAUCCAUUUCAACACUUAGAGAACCAAACUAAUAUUUAAAAAUUUGAUUCUGCUGAGGCCUUCAACUUGAUGAUCAGAUGAUGAAGGUUGGUGGCCACAUUCAUAAAUAACAGCAACAGAUACUUGUACACACACCAUCCAUACAACCUUUUUCUGCAGAUAUCUCAAGCACAGCUGAGCUCAAGUAUAUGAACUCCUCAUGGAGAUUGAUAUUGUGAACAUGUGAUUUCUUGGCUGCUUCUUCAUGGCUAAUGGUGAUCAUCUAUGGAUGAUCUCAAAGUGAUGUGGAACAGCCAUUGCAGAUUUUUUUUUUAAUUCUUUUUUUUUUUUUUGUAAAUUUCUGCUUCAUUUGUUCUUUUUCAAAUGAAAAAUGAUAGAUAUACCUGAUGUGUGAAUUUCUUUUUUUCUCCUUUCCAAAUUAUUGAAGAUUUUUUGAAGGGUGUAAA